GCACUUCUAUAGCUAGUUUGCAGACCGCCAUACUACCAUAGAAGAAGACGGAACGUAAACUACUCAACAUGGAGACAGCAGUUGAUAAACUGGAGGCGAUGUUCCAGAAGGCAGAGGCUGACAUGGAGUACAUGGAGAAGCGGCUACGGCUGGAUUUCCUGACUAAUGUUCCAGAGAACAGUGCAGCAGAGGAAAACCCUGUGAAGCUGCUGGAGAACCUGUCAGCCAUCAAGACGAGGCAUGCGGCCCUGUGCACACAAGUGCAGGAGAUCGCAGCCGAGCAGAAGCAAUCAAUGGACUCUAUAAGAGUGCACCUCGACACCACUGUGCAGCUGGUGCGACAGUUACAGCAGGCUGCUGACGUUGAGCUUCCAACACUGACUGAGACUGAGCAGGAGUCUGCAGAGUUCCUUGGUUUAUCAGUCAAUCAAAACACAGCAGAGGUACCGAUGUCUCUGGAGCUUCAAGCCCAAGAGCUGCCUCGGUCCUCGAGGGAGGGCGAGUUUGAGGAGCUGAGUGAAGCCACACUGGAGGCAGUGCCGUGCAGCAUGCGUGCCAACGUCAAGCUGGUCAACCUCAAUGCCUUCUACAAGCAGCUGCACGAGUACUUCUCCUUCAGAAAAAACAGUGGUGCCCUCAGUUUGCAGAAGAUGAAGCAGAUGAACAUGAAGGUUAGCGACGCCAAGCUGAAGACGUUGCAGCACCUCUCUCUCAUUGAGCUAGACAAGAAAGGGCAUGUUCGUCUGCUAAUGUGAGACUGAGGAACCUGCAUAGCCGAGAGGUUAAAAUAUAAGACCCCACCGCACUAUGUGAUGAAAAGUGACUGAUUCUGCCCAUCUCUCCUUGUCCAUUUGCGAGGCAUAUUAGCCUAAUUGAAGGGUUUUCAGUUGAAUCCUCAUGCCUACAUAUGCUGUGGUUCGAUUUUAAUUUGCUAGAUAUUUUUCUUAAAUGACACCCCAGAAUAUUCUUUCAAAAGGAAUUGACAUCAGAAGCAAGAAUUCCAGAUGCAAUCAAGUCAUCACAUGUUUCUAGGGUGCUGUAAGUAGAAGGCUGUUGGGCCAUAUUGUAAAUUAAGGUGCACUAUUUUUGUAAAGAGUUUAAUGUUGGAUAAGUAUGUAGUGUUUUCUGGCUAAUGUAUCAGCCAAAUACAUUUCACCUGUAAAUAUGUGAUGAACGAUUUAAUGCCACUGACUUUCCAACUGUACUGUACGUCUUGUGUCGAGUGUCAAUGAAUUUUAUGAGCAUUCAUUAAAUUGAAAUAUUCCCUCUGCCCAGGUAUACACCCAAUCAAAAAUGAAUUUAACAAGGCGUGCAAACAUGUAUUAGCAUCUCAAUGUACAGUUUAAAGUCUCUUUCUCCCAAGUAUGUAAAACAAUUACUUAAAAUGAACAGGAACUUUAAAUGAAUCCAUAAAAGUUUUAAAAUGCAGAUGCAAACAAACCAUUACAUUGGUUGAUUUAAGUUUGCUUUUGUGUUGAUAAAAUCUGAUCAAUUGGUAAUGCACUAGGGCAGAGUGAAAUUACAAUAGGUAACACAUAAAUGUAUUAACAGUAGUGAUGGUAAAUUAAUUAAAAACCGUUAUGAUAAGUUAUCAGAAUUGCAGAACCAAAGAAUACAUGUAUUGUCAUGCCACAUGUUUAAGUGCUUAAAAAAGGUAAUAGUUUUUACCACCAAAAGGAUCAAUUUUCAAACAGGUGAGUGAAUUGUAGUGGAGAAUGUUAGAACAUAAUCAACAGAAUGGUCGAAUUGUAGUACAGUGCAUUUGGAAAAUAUCCUUAGAUCUUGUGCACCAGAUGUUACCAGGCGCCUCUGUUCUAUCCUGCCGGUGCAGCGUAUAACCAGCCAGCUGUAUGUUGAUAGUGUCGUUCAACAACAUCUCCAUGAAGCAUAAGAUAUUACUGUUUGGAAUGUCCCGUUGGUAGUUUAAUCUUCCGUGUACAUCAUCAAUUUUUUUGUCCAAAGAUUGUACGUUUGCUAGCAGAAUGGAAGGAAGUGGGGGUUUAUUCGAUCGCCUAUGAAUUACAAAGCUUAAGCAUUCAUCUGCACUGAAACUUCUAUUUGGAACACACAUAAUACAUUACAUAAUCAUAUAUUGUACGGUUGAUUUUACCAUAGAACCUUGUGUUGGUCCUGCUCCUAACCUUUAUUUAACUAAAGGGGGUGUGCUACUCCUAUGUUAUGUUAUACCAUAUAACUAUUACGUGAACUAAGAACUACUAGACCUGGCUGUCUCUGGAUGGGGCUGUGAGGCAGGGACGGGGGAUGGGGCUGGAGAGGACCUGUAGCCAUUAUCACUAUGCCCCAGGGGGUCCAACUGCUGACCGCUGUCCCAAUCUGUCUUCCUCCUCCUUACUGUCACUGCUGCCAGGGGGCCCCGCAGCCACCCUUGGUUCAUCCUGGCCAACAACUCUGACACCUCACCUAAGGGAGGUCGAUGUGUUAUGUGAACUGUAACUUACUUUGGUUUAAUGUAUGUAUAAUAUGCCCAGUAUAGUGAGUUCUCGGUAACACUACUUGACACCCAAGAUAUGUCAUAACAGCUGACAUAACUUGUCAUAAUAUAGUCAUAACACUGUCAUGACCCAUAUAUUUAUAUCUGUAGUGGCAUACACUACCAGUCAAACGGUUUGGAACACCCCAUUUUUUCCCGUUUUUAUUAAAAUUUAAGCAGUUCAUGUCCAGUGAAUAACGUGAAACCGUACAAAGGUAAGCGGUAAACUGCCAGAGGUGUCACGCCUUGGUCUUAGUAUUUUGUGUUUUCUUUCUUUAUUUGGUCAGGCCAGGGUGUGACAUGGGUUAUUGUGGUGUGUUUUUUGUCUUAGGGUUUUGUGGGGUGACUAAUUAGUCUAUGGCUGCCUGAGGCGUUUCUCAAUCGGAGUCAGGUGAUUUAUCGUUGUCUCUGAUUGGGAACCAUAUUUAGGCAGCCAUAUUCUGUGAGCGUUUUUGUGGGUGAUUGUUCCUGUCUCUAUGUAGUUGUUCACCAGACAGGCUGUAUAGGUUUUCUCGUUCCGUUUGUUGUUUUGUAUUUAUAUAGUUAUUUCAUGUAUCGUUUAUUCUUUAUUAAAGAACAUGAGUAACCACCA